UGAUGUUUUAAAAAGAAUUAAUAGAGCUCUUUGCCUUCGGCGCGCUACCGAAGAUCCUGGUAUCGCCAUGGGCCGUCGCCCCGCCCGGUGUUACCGGUAUUGUAAGAACAAGCCAUACCCAAAGUCUCGUUUCUGCCGAGGCGUCCCUGAUGUCAAGAUUCACAUCUUUGACCUGGGGCGGAAGAAGGCAAAAGUGGAUGAGUUCCCGCUCUGUGGCCACAUGGUGUCAGAUGAAUAUGAGCAGCUCUCUUCUGAAGCCCUGGAGGCUGCCCGUAUCUGUGCCAACAAAUAUAUGGUAAAAAGUUGUGGAAAAGAUGGCUUUCAUAUCCGAGUGAGGCUUCACCCCUUCCAUGUUAUCCGCAUCAACAAGAUGUUGUCCUGUGCUGGGGCUGACAGGCUCCAGACGGGUAUGCGAGGUGCCUUUGGAAAGCCCCAGGGCACUGUGGCCAGGGUGCACAUUGGCCAAGUCAUCAUGUCCAUCCGCAUCAAACUGCAGAACAAGGAGCAUGUGGUUGAGGCCCUACGCAGAGCCAAGUUCAAGUUCCCUGGUCACCAGAAGAUCCACAUCUCAAAGAUGUGGGGCUUUACCAAGUUUAAUGCGGAUGAAUUUGAAGACAUGGUGGCUGAGAAAAGGCUCAUCCCAGAUGGCUGUGGGGUCAAAUACAUCCCGAAUCGUGGCCCCCUGGACAAGUGGCGGGCCCUGCACUCAUGAGGGCUUCCAUGGUGCUGUCCCCUCAUUGGUGCCCACCAAUAAAUUCUACUUUCUCUCCAAAAAAAAAAAAAAA